AUGCAGUGCGCUGUCUCUCUCACAGCCAUUAUUGUUGAUUUUUACUCUACCAUGGCAGUCCAAACGGUCGCAGUCGCUGUCAUCACAGUGGUUUAUUUACUCAUUCGCUAUUUCAACCGCACAGAUAUCCCUAAGAUCAAAGGUAUCCCCGAGAUCCCUGGUAUACCGAUCUUUGGCAACCUAUUACAACUAGGAGACCAGCAUGCAACAGUCACGGGAAAAUGGGCAAAGAAAUUCGGUCCAGUUUUUCAGGUGCGCAUGGGAAACAAGCGUAUCGUAUUCGCCAACAGCUUUGAAUCCGUCCGCCAGUUGUGGAUCAAAGACUCGUCCGCUCUGAUCUCCCGCCCCACAUUUCACACCUUCCACAGUGUCGUCUCCAGCUCACAGGGCUUCACGAUCGGAACGUCCCCAUGGGAUGAUUCCUGCAAGCAACGCCGUAAGGCGGCGGCCACUGCGUUGAACCGACCGGCGGUACAAUCCUAUAUGCCCAUCAUCGACCUCGAAUCCAAUUCUAGCAUCAAAGAGCUGUACCGAGAUAGCCAGAACGGCAAACGUGAUGUGAAUCCCACUGCAUACUUCCAGCGAUUUGCCCUCAACACCAGUUUGACUCUGAACUAUGGGUUCCGUAUCGAGGGUAACGUGGAUGAUACACUGCUGCACGAGAUUGUGGAUGUGGAGCGUGGCGUGUCCAACUUCCGCAGCACGUCGAAUAACUGGCAGGAUUACAUUCCAUUAUUGCGGAUCCUCCCCAAGAUGAACAAAGAGGCUGCCGACUUCCGGGGUCGCCGUGAUAAAUAUCUGACUUAUCUGCUCGAUAUGCUCAAGGAUCGCAUCGCCAAGGGAACGGAUAAGCCUUGCAUCACUGGUAAUAUUCUGAAGGAUCCCGAGGCUAAGCUGAAUGAUGCCGAGGUGAAAUCGAUCUGUUUGACUAUGGUGUCGGCUGGGCUGGACACUGUUCCAGGAAACCUGAUUAUGGGGAUUGCCUACUUGGCAUCAGAAGACGGCCAAAGAAUUCAGAAAAAGGCCUAUGAUGCAAUCAUGGAGGUCUACCCGAAUGGGGAUGCUUGGGAGAAAUGUUUGGUGGAGGAGAAGGUUCCCUAUGUGACUGCCCUGGUCAAGGAAAUCUUGCGGUUCUGGACGGUCAUUCCUAUCUGUCUGCCACGCGAGAGCACCAAGGAUAUCCAGUGGAAUGGAGCCACGAUCCCUGCUGGUACGACUUUCUUUAUGAAUGCCUGGGCUGCCGAUUACGACGAAGACCACUUCAAAGAUGCCGAUAAAUUCAUCCCGGAACGUUAUAUGGAGUUGAAUGAGGGCGCAGGAACUCCCCACUACGCAUAUGGAGCGGGAUCACGUAUGUGCGCAGGCUCACAUCUUGCCAAUCGCGAGCUGUUCACUGCUUUUAUCCGCCUUAUCACUGCUUUCCAUAUGCACACGGCCAGAGAGGCCGCCGACCGACCCAUUUUGAAUGCAAUUGAGUGCAAUUCAAUUGCGACAGCCUUGACCACCGAGCCAAAGCCAUUCAAAGUUGGCUUUACUGCGCGCGACCCUAGUAAGCUUGAGCAGUGGAUUGCUGAGAGCGAUGAACGCACCAAGGAUCUAUGA